UAGUAAUAAUAUUGAAAAUGUUUCAAAAUUAUCUCAAAGAUGAAGAGAUGAAUAAGCUCUCGUUUAAGAGAAGUUCACGAAAGAAUAGACAUUUAGGGGGUCUGAAGCUCUUACUGCAAGGUAUACUGUCUUUUGUGAUCAAUAGGUAGCAAUCCAGAUCAAAUAGACUUAAGAAUAUUAGACAAUAAAUUGAAAUUUGUCUUCUCUCCUGCUAAAGCCUACAAAGUAAGCUAUCAAAUCCCAAUGUAGAAAAUAUAAAUCGAGAUAGAAACUACCUCUCCUGUCGAAAGAAAGCAAAGAUAGUAUCUCCUCAAAAUCUGACCAACAACCCUCAGCAGGCUGCUAGAGCUCUACAGAGAAAUGGUUUAAGGAAUAAGGAGAUUCAUCAAAAUACAAUAUUAGUCCCUAAGAACACAACUGAUGAGGAUGAUAUCCAGCAGCAGAUGAGUAAGAACUCACUCAAUGUCAAGAGGAUUGUGACCAAAGAACCUCCAUCCUUACUUGGAAAUGUUUCCAAGAUUCGAAUGUUCUCUCCAAACGUGACUGGAACUUUUAACAACAAAAUACUCAAGAGGAACCUUAAGAAUACCUCAAAAUAGCAGAGAUCUGCACAAUAAAUUGUUCCAGACAGAGUUUUACUCUAGGAAAGAUAGAUGCGAAAUCUGGAAACAGAUUCCAAUUAAAAAUAUGAUGAUGAAAUAAGAACAAAAGAGAAGCACAAAUUAAUUUAAAUAUCUUGAAGAAUCCAGAAACAGGCGAAAAAGCUGAUGACUGACUACAAGUAUUUAUGAGUCCGAAAAUUCAGAAGAGACCAAGUACUUGUGCUAAGGCUACUCAGAAAGAAGCUAAUAUUCAACAAACAGAAAAGGUGCCAAGGAAGAGCGCAGAGAAUAUCAAUUCUUUACAAAAGUCAUUCAGCGAAGCAAACAUUCCAAUAGUCCACAAAAGAGGGAAAAGCAAGCCUAUAAUAAAGGAAUUUAAGAAUCUUUCGAGAAUGAGAAAACAACAAGGAAAUAUGAAUUUUAGAAAAUACUUGAAAAAGAUAAAAUCUCAACAUAAAAAAUCGAGGGUAAUCAAGAGCAUGAAUCAGACAGGAUUUAACACCUGUCUGAAACUUAAAGUGAAGAAGUCAAUAUCUCCUUGAAAUAUAGUGAGAGAAUCCCAUGGCCAUUGUAAACAGGUCUUCUCAAGGGAUAUCACUGGCUUAUCGACCCAAGAGUUAUUUAAUGAUAUAUUUUGUUACUCUAAACCUUAA